AUGCUUUCGCACACGUCCCGCCGCCUUGCACGUCGGAGCCUCUCGACAGCGACGUCGCGCAUCUUCAAGUCGCCGCAUCCGGACGUCGAGCUGCCGCUCCAGACGUCGUGGGAGCUCCUCCAGACCGCGUCCAAGGGCCGCGAGGACCGCACGGCGCUCAUUUGCGGCCUCACGCACGAGAAAAUGACGUACGGGGCGUUCGUUUCCAACGUGCAAAAGGUGGCGGCCUCGUUUCUCGAGCGGGGCAUUCAGAAGGGCGACGUGAUUGCGACCAACGCGGUCAACUGCGUCGAGUACCCCAUCAUCUUUCACGCUGCGACCGCGAUUGGUGCGAUCCUGUCGCCGGCCUCGCCGCAAUUCCGCGGCGCCGAGCUCGCGGCCCAAAUGAAGGCGGCCAAGGCCAAGUUUCUCAUCACGCACGCGGCGGUGCAAGACGCGGCCAAGGAAGCCAUGGAGUUUUACCCGCUCCCGAUGGACCGCCAGUUUUGCAUUGGGCCGUCGACCCACUACCAGUCGUUCGAUGAGCUUCUCAACACGAGCAACUUGCACCCGUCGCAGGUGGCGGUCGACCUCAAGAAGGACGUGAGCUACCUCCCGUUCUCGAGCGGCACGACGGGCCCGCCCAAGGGCGUCAAGCUGUCGUUCUUCAACUUGGCGGCGAACGCGAUGCAGACGUCGGUGCUCGACGACCUCUCGGGCCACACGGUGUCAGUGCUGCCGUACUUCCACAUUUACGGUACCAUGUUGAUGAACGUGUCGCUGCUCCAAGGCGGUGCGCAAAUCGUGAUGCCCAAGUUUGACCCGCCAGCGUUCCUCAGCAACCUCCAAACGUACGAGGUCCGCCUCAACCACAUUGUGCCGCCGAUCGCGGCCUUUCUCGCCAAGCACCCGCUCGUCGACCAGUACGACCUCUCGGCAACCAAGAUGCUCGCCGCGAUCAAGACGCGCCUUGGUAUCACGGUCAAGCAAGCGUACGGCAUGACGGAGCUCUCGCCCGUCGCCAACUACUCGCAGGACCACAACGCCAAGAAUGGCUCGAUUGGCGCGACGAUUCCAAACACGGAGCUGCGCGUCGUGUGUCCCUUCAAGGAAGGCGACGUUGGUGUCCGUGAAGUCGGUGAACUCUGGUACCGUGGCCCGCAGACGAUGCUUGGCUACCUCGACAAUGACGAGGCCACCAACGCGACGAUGACCGACUGCGGGUUUGUCAAGACGGGCGACAUGGGCUACGUGGACGAAGAAGGCCACGUGUUUAUCGUCGACCGCCUCAAGGAGCUCAUCAAGUACAAGGGCCACCAGAUUGCCCCCGCGGAGCUUGAAGACGUACUCUUGACGCACCCCAAGGUCGCCGACGCCGGCUGCAUUCGCGGGCAGAACGCGGAUGGCGAGGAGAUCCCGAAGGCCUGUGUCGUCCUCAAGGCCGGCCAGACGAUCACGGACGAAGAGCUCAUGGCGUACGUGGCCGAGCGCGUCGCGCCCUUUAAGAAGGUGCGCCAAGUGGUGUUUGUACCCGAAAUCCCCAAGAGCGCGACGGGCAAGAUCCUCCGCCGUGAGCUCCAGGCCCAGUAUUAAAGUGUAAUACGAGCUAAUUGUCAUGUAAAAACUGUUGAAUGGAUG